AUGGUGAAACGUAAAUUGCUACAUGUUGGCCACCAGAAUAAACCAUUUUUCGAAACUGGACGAUUAUCAACAGUUAACACGUACCUGAAAUACAUACCGACACCUGAUGAUCAACAACGAUUUCAAGAUGAUUUAUUUAGUUUAUAUGGUGUACAUUAUGAAGACUAUGUGAAACAAUUUCAACGUGCACCAUUGUUGCCAUCAGCUUGCCAUCUCACGAAUUAUGAUCUUCAAUUUCUUCGACAACCACAAUACUCAAAUAUUAUUGAUGAUGAAAUUAAUCAUCAGUUUAAUGAAUCGUCGGAUGAGAUUAGUAUUGUACAACAAUAUGUAAAGCGAAAUAAAAAAGAAGUAGCAGGUGGUAAUCUUGAGACUGAAAAUGAUCAAUUAAAAUUUAAUAAGAAUUAUCUUAUUCAACGAUCGACAACAAUUGAUACCAAUGUUCCUCAAUGUGGGACAACGAAAGAGGAUCAUGCAUCAGGAAUAAUCGAAGCUAUGUUUCCUGAUGACAAUAUUUUAGAUACUCAAAGCCUAUUGCUAUCAAGAAAUCUUGAUUUUCAUGACGAUAAAAAUAAUUCACCAUCAACGGCUCAUAAAUAUAAAUCAGCAAGUAAUGAUGUGGAUAUUCUUGGUGUUGGUAUUAAUUGUAACAAUAUAAAUGCUUUAUCAUCAGUAAAUAAAGAUUUUGAUUAUGAUUUGACUGAGAACUCUCAGUCAGGUGAAACGAUAGAAAGUGAAAAACUGAAAAAUAUUGAAAUAACUGAACAAAUAGAAGAAUCGUCCCAGGAAAAGAUAAAUGAAUCAGAAAAAGUAACAAUAAUCCUGCAGACAGCAAAUUAUAGAAGUAUCGCCGGAAAAAUUUUAUUAAUACCAUCCGUUAUUUUAACGAAGGGACUUAUUUCGUUAUUUAUUAAAGUAACAGCUAAUAACAUAAAUGAAGCAUUAAAUUAUUUAUUGAAUAAAAAGUUAUUGAUAGUUGAUAAAUAUAUACAAAGUGAAAGGCGGCAAUUCGAAGGGUAUUUAAAAUUCGUUCCAGAUAUUAUUGAUGAUAAAACAAAUAAAUAUUUAUUACAACGAAAUCUGAUUGAUGUUAAUGUCAAUGUUAAUUCAUACCUGAAUUCAUUACGAACACUACAAUAUGCAUUUGGAACACAAUGUUCAACAAAUCUAUUGGUAGAAAAAUUACAAAAUGCUCCAUAUGAUCAAUUAAAUAUUAACUUGGUACCGAAAUAUACAUUUCAAAACAUACAAGUUGAUGAAAAUGCAUCAUUAUCGAAUCAAAAAAGUACUAUCGGUGAUGAAAUGCGAAAAAAAAUGAUAACAAAUAGCCAAAGUUCAUCACAACAACCAUCAUCUAACUAA